UUUUAAAACGAGCAACGAGCCAAACAACGCGAUCCCCCCACUCUACUGCGCGCCAUUUCCUUCCUGCGCUCCUCUACUCUGUUCGACCCCCUCGUCUUCCCCUGCGCCGCGCAGCGCGCCUCUGCUCCUCGUGCAGAGCAAGCUACGCGGAACAGUACACUGCAUUCCUCCCAUCCUCUGUAAGCAAGGCUAGAGCAGCAGAGGCCAUGGGGCGGCACAAGUUCCGGCUGUCCGACAUGAUCCCCAACGCCUGGUUCUUCAAGCUCCGGGACAUGCGCGCGCGGGGCGGCGGCGGCGGCGGCGGCGCGGCGGCCAGCCCGCGCGUGGCGGCCGCGCACGCCGCGUCGCGCCCGCUCCCGAGCACGCCGAGGCACGGCCAUGGCGGCGGCGCGUGGCUCCCACACAGGGCGUCCCACUACUACACGCCGCGGGCGGGGGACAUCGUCCUGGGAUCGUCGCCGCUCCACCACCCCAGGGCCCCCGACACGCGCUUCCCGCCGCUGCAGCUCUCACCGCCGCGCCGGUCCUCCAGGCGGCGCCACCACCGGAGGCGCUCCGUCAAGCUGGCGGCGCCCUCCUCUGUCAGCAGCAGCAGCGGCGUCGCGUCCUCGCCGGCCUUCACCACCGGGUGCCGCUGCGGGCGCCGGCCCGACCUCGCGGCGGUCGAGGCGCCCGACACCCCGCCGUGCCGCCGGGACAUGUUCGUCGGUUACAGCAGCGAUGACGACGACGUCGACGAAGACCUCAUCAAGAAACCGACGCUUCCCGUCCGCACCGACGACAAGCUCGGCGGCAAGGUGUUCACUUCCGCCACGGAGAUCAUCAUCGACCUGCGGACCAAGAGGAGGCCGGGAACGACGCUCCCGCCGAUCACGACCAAGCCGGCGAGGAAGGAGCCAGCUGACGGCUGCGAGCUGGAGGACAAGCACAUCGACGUCCUGAAACACGCGACCCAACGAACCUCCCCUGCUCCCGAGGAGCAGAGCAAGCUCAAGCCGAGGCGAUCCGUGUCGUCGGCGCGCCGCCUUAGGACGCGCGCCAACACCCCGCGCAUCGCGUCGCCCAGGAAGUGCAAGCCGCCCGCGACGAGCCCGCGCUCGCCGGCGCCGGCGCGGACCACGCCGCCGCCGCCCCUGGCGGAGAGCUUCGCGGUGGUGAAGUCGUCGCGGGACCCGAGGCGGGACUUCCGGGAGUCGAUGGAGGAGAUGAUCGCGGAGAAUGGCAUCCGCACCGCCGCCGAUCUCGAGGACCUCCUCGCGUGCUACCUGGCCCUCAACGCCGCCGAGUACCACGACCUCAUCGUCGAGGUGUUCGAGCACAUCUGGGUCACUCUCACGGACGUCAAGAUGUAGCAGAGCUCAUGCAAAAAUGCAGCGCGCUCAUGGCACGGUGAAUUUUAUUCAACGACUCCUCCGUCGUGCCAAGAGCGGUGGCUGUAACUCGUAAUUAGAAUCCUGUUACUGGUCCUAAAUUAGCAUGCAAAUAUUCUCCCAAUCCUGUGAAACUACGAUGCUGUUCUUCCCUUUGCCUCGAUGAUACUGUAGCACAGUUGGUUGUGCCUAACACCUGUGCACUGUGAAGAUGCUGAACCAGGUAAACAGUGACUGUAACUAGACUGGGAAUCAACUCUGGUGCAUGCUACUACAUUAAAAAAAAACUCUGGCACAUGCUACAUGAGCUUCAAUGGUUAGAAAAGAAAUCAACUUCACACUGUUAAUUUUA